GAACCCGACCCAUUCGCAGAAACUCGCACAAAGACAAUUAUAGAAAGGCAGGCCUCUAAAUAUGCAGAACGUGCACGACACAGGGCAAUCUCUCCAGAUCGAGUUGAUGCUUUCAUUGAUCAAACCCCUGAUCAAAGGAAUCGCGGCUAUGCGGAGAUUAUGAAGGAGCAACAGUACAAAGAAGAAAAGGGGAAGGUUCUUGGUGCAGGAUCUGCAACUCCUGGUGGAGCCACUCCAGGAGGGGCACCACGUAAACGCUUAGGCAUUUCGAGCAUUAGCGCCGACGCAGCAACACCACAUGUCGCGCGAUGGGAAGAAACACCAGCUCAUGCUAAUGCAACUGAUGCUACG